AUGUCUCAAAGUACUCCCUCAAAGCAAUCGUCUCCUUCCUCUGAAAAAGCAUCGGAGUCUAGGGCACCAAAUGUGGUGAUUGAUCAAGAUGUCGUGUUGAAUGUCGCUCCAUUAAACACUGUUCCUGCUUCCGAUUUUGUUCGCAGGCACAAGGUUGAUGGAAUAUCUGUUCCUCUAGCCCAAAUGCCUGCUUCCAAGAACAUCCAAGAUGAUCAAGGUGAGCAAGAUGAUGCUAGCAAAGAUCAGGAUAAUGUUGAGACAUCUGCUGAUAAAAAUGAUGAGACCCCUGUUGCUAAAGAUGUUGAGACAUCUGUUGAUAAUGAUGAGACCCCUGCUGCCAAAGAUAAAGAUGAAGAGAUUCCUGUUGUUCCUGCUGAGAAAGAUGAAAACCCUAAGGUGCAUGAUGUGGUGGAUCUAGAUGAUCUUGUUGAUCCUAUUGAUAUUGCUGAUGAUGACCUCAUCUCCAGCAUCUCCAACAGGGUCAAGGCUCGUAAGGGAAAGCAAGUUGGUGAGCAACAUCCUCUCAAGCCACAGGUUACUCCUCUGAAGACUGUUACUAAAGAAAAGAUGGAGAAAGUUCCUACUGGACCUUCAAAGUCUGGAAGCAAAGAGUUUAUUGUCAAUUUGUCUCAAGACUGUGCUGAUGGUAGAACAGAUGAUUUUCAUAAAGUUUAUGUUAGAAGAAAAUGCAUAGAGUUCUCCCCUACUGCUAUAAAUCACUAUCUAGGUAGAAAUGCUAAAGCUCAACCUGAGCUUGAAGUAACUGAUAAUGAGGUUUGCAACACCAUCACUGGGGGUAAGGUUAAAAAGUGGCCCAUCAAAAGUAAACUCUCUGCUAGUCUCUUGACUGUCAAGUAUGCUCUGCUGCAUAAAAUUGGUGCUGCCAACUGGGUGCCUACCAAUCACACCUCUACCAUUGCUGCUGGCUUAGGUAGAUUCAUUUAUGCUAUAGGGACCAAGACUGUGUUUGACUAUGGGACCUAUAUUUUUGAUCAGACUAUGAGACAUGCUGGUACCUCUGCCACUAAGCUUCCUAUUGCCUUUCCAUCCCUAAUAUGUGGAAUCAUCCUAAAGCAAUACCCUGGCAUCUUGAAAGCUAAAGAUUCUUCUGCUGAUAGUGGUGAUGAUCAUGCUGCUGGUAGUGAUGGAGAGAAGAUGGAUGCUGAUAGUGAUGAUGAAUAUAAGGCUGAGAAUGAUGAGGAUGCUGAUGCCCAGACUAGUAGCUCCAGUGAUGUGGAGAUGAGUGAGGAGGAUGACGAAGAUACUGCUGGCUCAGAAGAUUAA